CCCCCUCCUCCAACCACCAAGAACCUCCACUCACUUCCGGGCUGGCAGCGAGACAACCCCCAACAACCCCCCGCCUUCCCCGGUGUCUCUCACUCAGUCUCAGCCUUCUCCCUACCCCGGUUCUCGGUAACUAUAGUCGGCUCUUACAAAACGACUCACCGGCCCAUUUCAAGGACUACCCCAGGGGAUAUAGCGUGUCGGUGUCUGUGGUCGUUCGUUCCCCGCGGAACUCACCGGGUGGCCUGAGUUGCUUUUUUUUCGUGCCUUUUUUCCCCGUGAAUGUCCGAUCGGUGCGGGAGGAAAGUUGUCCCGCGGUCCCGUUUGAGUGCCGCCCCAGCGCGCGCCGUGAACGGAGGAAGAGCUCGCGAUGGAUGCGUUGAUGCACGCGGUGCUGUUCGGAUUUUUAACGUUCGGUGUGUGUUCGGCCCGGAAGGUGUCCGUCCCCAGCGGUCCUCUGAUUCGGGUGGAGGGCCAGCCCGUCGCCAUCAGGUGCAACGUCAGCGAGUAUGAGGGACCCAGAGAGCAGGACUUUGAGUGGAAGAUGAAACGCGUCGCCGGCCGGGCGUCCAUCAACGUGGUCUCCACCUUCGACCCACGGUACACCGACCCUGCCCUGAGCGCGCGCGUUGCCGCGGGCGACGUGGCCGUGGCGCGGCUGGGCGACAGCGAGGUGGAGCUCCGCAUCGGGGAGGCCCGCCCCGCCGAUGGCGGGGUCUACUCCUGCCACACCCCCAGCACGGACUCUGUGAUCCGGGGCAGCUACCUGGCCGACGUGGAGCUCACCGUCAUCCCGGACACCCUCGUGGUCUCCCCCACGCCGGUCGCCGCGGUGACCCCCGAGGGCGGCGACAUCACCCUCUCCUGCACCGUCACACGCCGGCUCCUGCACCCCACCUUCCUCUCCGUCACCUGGUCGCUGAGGAAGGCCUCCGCCUCAUCCUCGGCCCCCCCCGAGCUGGUCCUCUCGCUGGGGCCCCUGGGCGCCGUGACGACGGGGCCCGGCUACGCCCAGCGGUACGCCACGGGGGGGCUGCGGCUGGCCCCGGGCCGCGACGGGCUGUUCAGCCUGGUGCUGAGCAGGGUGACGGCGGCGGGCGACCAGGGCGCGUACGUCUGCACGGGACGGCAGUGGACGUACGAGGAGGGCGUGGCCCGCAGUGUGGUGGAGCGGCACGGCGAGAUGGGCCAGGUGACGGUCACGCCCACUGGCCAGUCCCUUAACGUCACUGCCUCCUCCUCCUCCGCCGGAGGGCCCGUCUCCUUGGGGGCCACCCUGGGUCUGCUCUGCACCGUCGCUGCAGACAACCUGGCCCUCCUGGCCCUGGGGGUCACCUGGCUCCGGGACGGACGCCACGUCAUCGCCGCCAUGGACCGCAACGGCGUCGUCCUGCCUGCCGCCGCCAUCGCGGCCUCAAACGGGUCCUCAGGCGGCGGGGCGGAGGUGGGCCUGGAGCGGACGGGGGAGGGGCAGUACCGGCUGUCACUGAGGGGCGCCGCCGCCCGGGACUCGGGGGCGUACACGUGCCGCGUGAGGGCGUCGGUGGGCGGGGACAGCGGGCGGUGGUACCAGGUGGCGGAGAGGACGUCGGCACCGGUGGUGGUGAAGGUGGCGCAGAUCAAGCCCACCCUCUCUCUGGCCCUCUCUGCGGUGCGGGACCCCCAGGCCACGUCCGACCCCCUGGAGCUGGUGUGUCACGUGACCAACAUCGCCCACCUCCCCCCGGCGGGCCGGCUGGGGGUCACCUGGAAGCACACCCCGACCCCCGGAACCGAUGUACAACCCGCCCGCACCAUUGGCUCCCUGGAUCACCACGGCAACCUGAUACCCGGGCCGGGCGACGCCGAUAGGUUGGCCGCUGGCGUGAUGUCACUGAGGAGGGUGGAGCCGGACACCUUCAAGCUGAUCCUGCUGAGGGCUCAGGAGGUGGACAUGGGGCAGUACGUGUGCAUCGUCUCUGCCUGGCUCCCGGACCGCCAGGGGGGCGUGGCCAAGCUGGCCGAGUACCUCAGCGCCCCACUCAGCGUGAGCUGGACCCCCAAACGUCCCUCUAUGGGCGUGGUCGCCGAGCGGCAGCGGGAGGCCUCGGGGGGCGGAGCCACCUUCGAGAUGAGCUGCACCGUGGCCCCCAAGAACCUGCCGGGGGCGAGCUUCUCUGUGCUCGUCCAAUCACAGGAGAGCAUCGAGGGCGCGGUCAGGACCAUCAUGAACCUCAGCCCCGACAACGUGCUGCAUUACGGGGGGGCCACGGACCCCCAGAGGAGGGACAGCCUGAUGCUGACCAAGUCGGGCCCUCUGGAGUUCCGCUUCCGUCUGGCCGGGGUGCAGCUCGCCGACCGCGGCUUCUACUGGUGCGACGUCCACGCGUUGACCAAGCCGGCGGACGGCGGGGCGGGGGGGACGUGGACCGAGGCCGCCAGCGCUGAGUCCAACAAGGUCCGCAUCGACUUCCAGGAGAACGGGCCGUCAUUCGCCGUGGCCAUCCAAUCAGACCGCAGCAGUGUGUUCCUGGAGACGGCCAAGAUGGAGUGUGCUCUCAGCGUCUCGGGGUCCGCCCCCAAGAGUGACGACGUGGCCUACGAGGUGAGCUGGUUCUUCUCCCGUCUGCGUGGCGGCUCCGCCCCCGCCCUGCUGGCGGCGGUGGACCGCUACGGCGUGGUGCGGGGCGGGGCCAGCGGCCGCAACACCUCCAGCGACGUGUCGGUGGAGCGCCGCGACGCCAACACCUUCCUCCUCAGAGUGCACGGCACGCAGGACAGCGACAGCGGGGAGUACCACUGCAGUGCCACGCCCUGGUACCUGUCGGCCUCCACGGGCGCCUGGACCCAGGCCCAGGAGCUCACCUCGCCGGCAGUCUUCCUCACCGUGCGGUUCGCAGUCUGGGAGUCGCUGAAACUGCCGCUGCUCUACGGAUCCAUGGCCUCACUAGGCGUGGGUAUCUUCUCCCUGGUCCUGGGCCUGCUGUGCGCCCACUGCUGCUGCAGGAACACCCUCCACACCCCCCGCUCCCGCAACAAGCUCAUGGACCUGGAGAUGGAUUGACACACGCUCACCCCCCCCGCACUGCCCCCGUUAGCCCGCCACCACCACCACCACAACGCCGCCCAGCAGAACCACCAGCACCAUCCAGUGAGGGUCUACAGCACCCUGCCCAGGAACACGCUGCCCAAGAGCCGACCCCAGGCCAGGCAAGCACUGGCGGACGACUUCUGGGACAGCCACUCGUUCCCCCUGGACGGACGCUGGGAGUGACCACCGCGUUUCGGAGUUUGGAGGAGGAUCGUUUUUUCCGAAUGCUUUCUCUGUUUUAUUUUUUCUACUUUCGGGGAAAACCGAUUUGUUUUUUAAGGAUUUUCACGGGAAUAUCACUCCCGUGAAAAGUUUUCCUCUGAGGAUUUUUUAUUUGUAUUUUUAUUUUAUUUUUUUAAGGGAAAAUCAGUCCCUAUUCCGGUCGUCCCGGUCCUCCUCCCAAUUGGAAAAAACGCGGUUCCAGUUGUGGCUAUGGUGCUUUUUUUUUAAACCAGAUGUGGUGGACAUCUUUGCGCUGGGGGCAGCGUGCGGGGGGGGGGGGGGAUGGGAGGGGUGCAAUGGGAGGGGUCAUCAAGGGGACAUCAAGGGGGUCACCUGAUGACGACUAACUAAUUACCACGACACACGUUUUGACUGUGUUUUUUGACUUUUUCCGAGGGUCUACCCACGACCCGCUUCGUAAACCACUAGAACUCCACAGUGCCGCGCCAAGACGAGGGACAGGAAGUACAACGUGAAGCACAGGAAAUGCCUUGGGACUCCACGGCGGCAAUUGUUCGCCGACGUCGUCAACUUGGGGAUUUUCCACCACUUGAGAAGCUGGAGUGUUCUGCGUUCUCCGUUUGGUCCACGGUGGUUGUUUCUAUGGAAACGACUCCACACGUUUCAGGGGUGGGGUUUGGGGGGGUAUUCCGGAAUCCCGGUCAUGAGACCGGGAUUUCGGAUCUUCCAGUGGACGGGUCAACCGAAAACGUGGCGGUUCUGUGCAAUUCAGGGACAGACUUGACACCUUCAAAGUAAUAAUGACGCCGUGUUCCCCAAAAGGUACUGCACCGAUACUGGAUUGUGUGAGGACCUUAAUGGAAAAGGGGACACCAACCAGUAUCCUAUAAUAGUCUCUCUCUCUCUCUCUCUCUUCUCUCUUUUCUCUUUCCCCCCCCAACAUGAUAUGCAGUUUUGCCUGCGCUAUGUGUGCGACCAUGGUCAACCGACACAAACUCGAUUCCACUCCAUCCCCCACGUCAUCCGAGCGGGCGAUGACGUCAUGAUCACCCACCCCGACCCUAAGGUGUAACUUCUGGGUGAAGGCGGGACAACUCAAUGGAAGUCCAUCCCUAGUGUUCUUCGGCAUCCCACCCCCAGCCUCGGUGGAUGAGAUAAAAGAGACUUGUAUUGCCAACCCCCCCCCCCCCCCACAAAAUAGCCACAUUGUUAGGGUCCGGACUUCGAGACCCUAACCCAACAACAUGGCUUUUUGUGGUGUAGGAUGGAGAUCCACCAUGUUUUUGGGGGGAAGGGGGUCGUUUGACCUUCGACCUUUGACCUCACAUGAACCACUAUUGUUUUUCUCAUGACCCACUGCCGAAAAUGGUUUCCAAGAGGUCCUCAGUUCUAUAUGCAAUCGUUUUCGUUUUGUGAUCCAGUGCAAUGUGCCAACGAUUUCGGAAGAUCACAUUUUAUACAGAAAAGUUAGCACGUUUAUUUAUGCAUAGAAGUUAUAUAUUCCACCCGGCUACGACCUAUGUAUCAGCCAAUCCUGUAUUUUUUGGGGCAAAUGGGAGUAUAGCCGUUGCUUGCUAGCUCACUCCCUUGCUAGCAAGCUAGUAAGCACUAGGAAUGACUAACAACGGCGUGCUGCUAGCUACCAGUGCACCUUUGUGGUUACCGCUGUUGUUAGCAAGCUAGCAGCACGCCGUUUGAUAGCUAGCUACCAGUGCACCAUUGUUAGCGCUGCUGUUGGCUAGCUAGAUACCAGUUCACCGUUGUUAGCUAGCUACCAGUGCGCCGUUGUUAGCUCUGUUGUUGGCUAGCUGCCAUAUCCCAUGAAUGACAAACUCAUCACACAGACCGCAUCGUGUCGUUGUCGUUUGUGAUAUCAUCAUUAUUUGCGAUGAUGACACAGUCCGACGGAACUGGAUCUCGUGAGCGCAUUGUGUUCCUCCGUGGACAUGUGCGUCAGUGGUUUUGUGAGGUCGAUGUACUCCAGUAAUAAUCUGAGGGCCUUUAGAAUGACAGACGACUUAAAAUCCAUGACCACGCCAUACCGAGAUGAUAGGGCUUUUAACGCGGAGUAAAAAGGCAAUUUUUCUUCCUCGGUCGGUCCGAGUAUCCCGAUGAGUAUAUGUGAGAAUAUGAAUUUUGAUGAUGUUUUUAAAUAAAUCGAUUUUUCAGCCUGUGA